GUCGUCGUCGUCAUCGUCGUCGUCGUCCGUGGGUGCUGCUCCCAUUUGGGAGCGAUUGGGACGUGCUUUCGCUCCAUUCAGUCAGAAGCAGUUCAGUUUCGGUGCCGAAUGGAUGUCCUUGUCGAAUUUCGCUCCCGGGCUUUUGCUGUGGUGGCUGUAGCUGCACAACACCUCCUCUAGAGGAGGAAGAAUAUUGUGAGAAAAAAAAAGUGCGACAAGGGUCUACCGAAAUCCGGAAAAGUCAUCCACCAACAGAUCGCAUCGUGAAGGAAAUGUGUAGUGCAACCACCGAUGCUGCUGCUGCCACCAGUGCCAGUGCUCAAUGCAACCACUUAGCACAACUUCCCCGUUACGAACCCAACUUCCGGCGCCUUCUGCGGGGCACCGGCUCUCAGCAGGAGAUGCGGCUAACCUCCGACGACGGGCAAUAAGCGCGAAACGCACGGAUAAGAAGCGAAGCUGUUAAUAUCCCAACAUAGAAAUAGUUGCCCCGUGCCAGUCAGUGGUGCAGUAGUGUCUGUCUCUAGUCCUCCUAAGUGUAGUGUGUCGUCGUUGUACCAUCGCCGGUGGCCCCGACGACGACGACGACGACGACGGCAAGUGAUUAUUAGCAAACGACUGCGGCGACAACGGCAGCGGGAGGCCGACCUUACGUGACGCUGCUGCUGUACUCAACAGUUCUGUGGUAAUACCACGAAGACAGUGCAGUGCAAGCGUAGUGUGGGUGAAAAUGUCGGCAGAAGAUCCGACCGAAGUGAAUCACGUGGAACGAAGCGUUGUUGUGGCUAGCGGCGGCGGCGGCAGCAAUGGCGUCGACGUCGUCGUCAGUGAUAAUCAUUGCCACAGCAGCAAAAACGGCGACGACGACGACGACGAUGCUGCGGCAGGAAAAUCGGCGACAACGCCGUCGUCACCCCCACCUCCACCGGCGACGACAUCGUCAUCGCCUUCGAUGGCUGCCCGCCAAGAAUCCCCGCUCAACAACAACAACAAUAACAACCGUACUAACGGUGCCGACAUAAUCGGUGACAACUGCUGUGCCGGUAUACCGAAGCUGUCCUCGCAGUGUGAAAAUGGCGAAGCAAGUGAAGUUAAUUACGGCUUAAUUGGCGCCAAUUCUAGACCCUCCACCGGUGGGGGCAGUGUCAGUGUUUGCUCCGGAACGGCCGUCGCCGCCGAAGAUCCCAACCUGCUGUCGCCUAACAACUCCCAGCGGUCCAGCAUGAGCCAGUCGCAGUCGCCGACGCAUCACCUGCAACCGUCGGGCUGUUCUCCGGAAGAGUUGGACGAGGUGGGCACGUUCUUCGACGAGCACGCGGCCGCCAUCGAGCGGUGGUUCCGGGAACGGGCCCCACCCGAAGUAAUCGCCAAGCUGCAGUCAAUUACCGGCGGUGGCGACGUGUGCAAAUCGACACCCCGGUCGCCGCACCGGGCUUCCGUCACGUCGGAUUUGUUCCAGCAGUGGUUGGCGUCGUCCCCGGUUAAGAAAUGCCGAUCUCCCACAUCCCGGGCUUCCUUCUCCAAUCGGAGCCACCUGGCCGACCUGGACGAAGGGGACCUCUUCAUGGAGCUGAUCCGGGACGUCGCAAACGAACUGGACAUCGACGUCCUGUGUCACAAAAUUCUAGUCAACGUCAGUCUGCUGACGCACGCCGAUCGCGGCUCGCUGUUUCUAGUCAAAGGACCACCCAGUGGAAAGUACCUGGUCGCCAAACUGUUCGACGUCACACAGAAUACGCCGUUGGACGAAGCGGUUCGCCGGGCCAAACAGGACGAACUGAUUAUACCCUUCGGGGUGGGCAUUGCCGGAACCGUUGCUCAAACGAACGAGACCAUCAACAUCAAGGAAGCCUACAAGGACCCUCGGUUCAACAGCGAAGUCGACCAGAAGACCGGCUACAAAACCCACCUCAUCCUGUCGAUGCCGAUCUGCAACUACGAAGGCCAAGUGAUUGGCGUAGCGCAAAUCAUCAACAAGACAAACGGAUCGCCCGAAUUCACCGAACGGGACGUGGAAAUCUUCCGGCGCUACCUGACGUUCUGCGGUAUCGGGAUCCAAAAUGCUCAACUGUUCGAAAUGUCCGUCCAGGAGUACCGUCGGAAUCAGAUCUUACUGAAUCUGGCGCGAAACAUCUUCGCCGAGCAGAACAACCUGGAGUGCUUGGUGACCAAAAUCAUGACUGAGGCCCGCGAACUGCUCAAAUGUGAACGCUGCGCCGUAUUCCUGCUGGAUCUGGACUGCUGCGAAGCGAGUGCAUGUUUAGAUCUGGAAAAGAAUCAAUAUAGGUUCAAGAACCAUCUGGAGAGGAUGCUGGACCGUCCGGAGCAUCAGCCGCUGUCCAGGCGAACCAGCCACAACGUGGACGUGGAGGAUCUCGUUCAGCAGCAGAAAUCCACCGGACGGUUUACGAUGAUUUUCGAGCUGGGAAGCAGUAGUUCCUCGGCGGCCAACAUAUCGCGUCCGUCCGUCAACGAUCUGAACAGCUCUACGCUGGCCCAGAUUGCCGAGUACGUGGCAUCCACCGGUGAAACGCUCAACAUCAACGAUGUCAACGAGUGGCUCAAAGAUAAACCCAUCUAUCAUCCUCAGCAGCAGCAGCAUCAUCCGGAGGGCCAACCAAAUGGAUCUUCCGAUGAACUAAGCGCCAAAACGAUCCUCUGCAUGCCGAUCAUCAACGGCCAGAAGACGGUGAUUGGUGUCGCUCAAUUAAUUAAUAAGGAAAACGAUCUACAAUUUACUAGCUGUGAUAUUUCCAUCUUCGAGGCGUUCGCCAUCUUCUGCGGGCUGGGCAUUCACAACACCCAGAUGUACGAGAGCGCCUGCAAGCUGAUGGCCAAGCAGAAGGUGGCCCUGGAGUGUUUGUCCUACCACGCCACGGCCGCGCAGGACCAAACGCUCAAACUAGUCAACGACACGAUUGCCUCGGCCGACGAGUACAAACUGUACAGUUUCAAGUUUAUCGAUUUCGAUCUGGACGACGACGACACCUGUCGGGCGGCGGUUCGGAUGUUUCUACAGUGCAACCUGGUGCAGCAGUUUCACAUCCCGUACGAUGUUCUCUGCCGGUGGAUCCUGAGCGUGCGGAAAAACUACCGUCCCGUUAAGUACCACAACUGGCGCCACGCUCUGAACGUGGCCCAGACGAUGUUCGCCAUGAUGAAGACGGGCAAGAUGGAACGCUUCAUGACGGAUCUGGAGAUUUUGGGCCUGCUGGUGGCGUGUCUGUGUCACGACCUGGACCACCGGGGCACCAACAAUGCAUUCCAGUCGAAAACCGACAGCCCGCUGGCCAUCCUCUACACCACCAGCACCAUGGAGCACCAUCACUUUGAUCAGUGUGUGAUGAUACUGAACUCGGAGGGGAACAACAUUUUCCAGGCCCUAUCGCCGGACGAUUUCCGCAAGGUCAUGAAAGUCGUCGAAUCGGCCAUCCUGUCGACCGAUCUGGCCAUGUACUUCAAGAAGCGCAAUCAAUUCCUGGAGCUGGUCGAGGGUGGCGAGUUCGACUGGCAGUGCGAGGAAAAGAAGGAAGUUCUGUGCGGCAUGAUGAUGACGGCAUGUGAUGUGAGUGCGAUUGCGAAACCAUGGGAGGUCCAGCAUCGGGUGGCCAAACUGGUGGCGGACGAAUUCUUCGACCAGGGCGACUUGGAAAAGCUGCAACUCAAUCAGCAACCCGUGGCGAUGAUGGAUCGGGAACGCAAGGACGAGCUACCGAAGAUGCAGGUCGGCUUCAUCGACGUCAUCUGUUUGCCGCUGUACAAGGUCCUGUCGGAUGCCUUCCCGUGGAUAAGGCCGCUGUACGAGGGCACCAUGGACAACCGGCAGCACUGGCAAGAUUUGGCCGAAAAGGUGGAAAUGGGUCUGACUUGGAUCGAUCACGAUACCAUCGACAAACCGGUGGAGGAAUUUGCCUCGGGAAAGGAGGCCCUAGCCGACAUCGAAUUCACCGUCACCACGCUAAACUGUGCCCACCCAGAGGACAAGACUGACACGACUCCGGUCCACGAACGAAAGCCCCGGUUCAGUAGUCUGCGCAAGACCGGUGCCCUGGGGAAAGCCGUCCGCAACAAAUUGUCCAAAUCGGUGUACAACAGUCAGACCGCCAUUGGUGGGUCGGCGCCCUCCGGUGAACGGCCUUCGUCCGGCGUUACAAACUCUUCCGUCAGUUCGUUCAAGUCGCAAGACGACGAGAAGCAGUCCUCCGAAGGGGAUGGAUCCGACGCCAAUAACGACCACCACCACCACCAUCAGUCGGCGUCCGUGACCGGCAAUAGUACCGGUGGAUCGGGGGGACAUCACGGAGCUACGACGCCAACCGGCAGUCCCGCUGAAUCGGAAGUGAUCAAAUCCUCAGCCCUCGUCAAACCGGUCAAGAAGCGGUCCAAGCUGUGCAUGCUUUUGUGACCGAAGUAUUACGAGGGAGACUCCUCAGGUAACAAUAACAACGGCAACAAGGAGAACUCGGUAUAGGCGGCCAAGUGUACUAGCUCUAGCUAGAGGGUUCACCUUUCCGCCGCUAGAUGGCUGUUUGCUGUGUUUCUGGUGUAUAUGGAUAUGUUUUAGCUGUGUUGUUAAGUCACGAGAGAUGGUGUUGGAGAUUGAUAUUUAGAUUUUAAAUAGAAGGGUGGAUCUUUCUCUUGUGGUAAAAGUUUAAGCCUAAAAUUUUGAGGUUUUGUCCAAAGUUAGGAGUUAUCAGAAAGCACUGUGUCAAAUGAAAACGAACAGUUUUAGUCGAAACUCCUUGACCUAGGUCAAAUCACAAUAUAGCGCCACUAAAUGUUAUCUUGAAAGAAUCUAGCUGUUUUUUUUUAAUAUGAUUUGAAGCGCCAUCAGGCCAAGCAUUUUUAAUUUUAUUUUUUUACCUUUUUGAGGGAUAACAUCUUGAUUUUUAGGACUAAACUUUUUCCGAAAGAAGAAUAAAUAGACCACCCUAACGUAUAUUGUACGUACGGUUCAAAAGAAACGCAAACGCAGAAAAGAAACUUGAAAACCCCAAAAAAUGUGUGUGCAAGAAAACAAAACCCGAUGAAUACAAUGUGCAUGAUGUUGUGUAGUACAGCAGUACCUAGAUGUCAAUCAGAUAGACCCACAUUUUUGGAAGAAUGUAUUUUAUAUACAUGUUUACGGAAGAGGCAGCAUUCUUCGUCCGAAGUUGACACUCGCUAAGCAACCUAGAACUAGACGUUUUAGCCGACUAGAAACUUUCCAAAUGCAAUAUCUAGUUUGUAGAUGGCAUUACAUUAUACCUAUUACCUAGCCCCUCUCUCUCACCGCAACCAUCCAGAAUCUUUGUAAACUAGGAAAAAUCUUAAACGGUGCUUUCUUGACCUAGGUGUAGAAUAGAAACAAACUUUUAACUUAUGAUACUUCGCGAACGCUGCAAAACUAGUUGAUAAGUUCUCGUGUAAGCUCUCUUACUCCCAAACACACACAAACAAAGCACUACUCAAGCACCCGCACACACCAUUCGCAAAGUCCUGUGGUACUUAUGGUUCGUAACUUUUAAGAAAGCUUUGAAACUAGUGAAUAAUUGAAUACUACCCCAGCCCUUAGGGACGUCAAUUUACCUUGUUACCUAGAAGAAAACUUCACCAAAAACAUCCACACUCACACACCAAAAGAAAACUAAAACCCUAAUUGUAGCAACUAUUACUAUUGUAUGUAGUUCAACCAAGCCUCGAAUACCAAAAACAAAAAAAAAAUCAGAAACAAAUGAUUUGUGUUGAUCGCAACAUCAAACAGGAAACUGAUCUGGAACGUUAAGCUAGUCAUUGGUUUAGUGGUUGAUUUUUAAAGUUACAAGUAAGAUUUUCGACAACACUUAGUUUGUUCAUCAAACCAAUCAUGCUUGAAGCCAGAUGCAGCGAAAUGUGAUGAUCAAUGUUGUAGUUUACAAAAAAAUAUAUCGCUAAUUAAAAAAAACAAAAAUACUGCUAGUGACUGUUUUGUGACAAUAAGCAACCAAAACUUACACUACAAUUUGUUUCAGUGCAUUGUUUUUUGAAGUUGUUUUAGCUUCUUAAAUAAAUAGUGAUAUACUUUCAUGAUAAUGUUAUUGAGAGUUUUGUAUGACUGAAAAAAAAACUUUAAAGUUACUUGUUUUAUUAUCUGUUCCUAAAUUGACUGUCACAUUUCGUUGCAUCGGAUCGACUUGAAUAAAAUGCAUUUUAUUCUUUCCCUCAAAGUUAUCCAAUUACAGAACACAUUUUAACGCCGUUCCUCAAAAAUUCAAACAACAGAAAAAAAUAAGCUUUUUGUGAUUGCCGCGGAAAUCCUAAACAAUGAAUAAAAUGUGUUACAAAUGGUAAUAAUAGUAGUGCGAGUGCUACUAAAGAUAACAGACAAAAAAGGCACUCCUUGCAAUCGGUGUAAACCCAUUAAACGGUAGAUUACUACAUAUUUUUGUGAUUCUAAUUAUUGUUGAAGAGACGACGAUGAUGUCAUAAGCAAGAAAGAAAAUGCAAAACCAAAAACGAAUGUGUACUUGUAAAUAAAAGAACACUGCGCUGUGA